AUGGGUUGUGGUUCUUCAAAUUCUUCUCAAUUAGCGGCAGAACCAGAAUAAAAAUAGAGAAGUGCUUCAGUUAAAUCUACUACAACAUCAGAAAUAGAAGAUCUCAUCGGCAAAAAAAUUCCAAAAGUAUUAGAAUGAAUAUAUCUAAUCAAUAGUUAUUGGUCUAACCUGAAUCAAAGCAUAAGUAAACAAUAGACAAUGAAGAAUAAUUAAAAAUGUAUUAAAUGUUAUUAUUUAGUGAUUCUUAACUAGGUCCAGCUUAGCCACCUCCAGAAGAUGUUGUCAGAGCUUAAAAAAAAUAACAAAAAAAAUAUAGAGGUGGAGAUGAUGUAAAUCAUUAAAUACAUGAAAAUGUUACAAGAAUUGAUAGAGAAAUGCAAUGUAUUAUACAUAAAUAUUGUAGAAUCUGAUAUUGAUUUGAUAAGAAAAAGCUUUAAAGGUCAUUUCGUAUUUUUUAGUCUGCCAGAAGAUUAAAUAGCUUAAUUAAUAGAACAUAUGUUUUAUUGCACUUUAAAAGCUAAUUAAUUUAUUUUUAAAUAAGGAGAUCAAGUAUUGCAUUGAUCUCUAAAAAAUAGGCAAGUUCCUAUUUUGUGAUUGAAAGAGGAUCUGUAGAAAUUAUAAUAAACGAUAAACAAAUUCGAACAUUAACAGAAGGCAGUUAUUUCGGUGAAAUUGCACUUCUUUACAAUGCCACUCGAUCUGCUUCUAUUAGAACUUUGACAGAUUGUGGAUUUUGGUCAUUAGAUCGUAGUACAUUUAAAAAAACAAUUGAAGAGUUAAUGUUAAAAGAAUAUGAUGAAAAUAGAAAAUUUAUAGAUGAAGUAUUAACAAUUAUUAAUAAUAGGUUCCAUUUUUUUCAUUUAUGACAUCAGAUUAAAAAGAUUCAAUUGCACAUGCUUUAAUAACAACUAAAUUUGUUCCAGGUUAAGCAAUAGUUAAUGAAGGAGAUUAGGCAGAUUCAUUUUAUGUGAUAAAGAGUGGUGAAGUUUCAGUAUUAAAAGGAACCAAAGAGAUAAGAAAGAUGGGUGCUAAGGAUAGUUUUGGGUAUAUAAUGAAGAUUUAUAAUUAGAGAAUAAGCUUUAUAUGAAAAAUCUAAAAGAGGAGCAACUUGUGUUGCUGAGACAGAAGUUAAAUGUGUUGCAUUGGGUAGAGAAAAUCUAACAAAAAUAUUAGGAGAUAAAGUUUAAAUAAUCAUUUUUAGUAAUAUUAUGAGAUGGAGUUUUGAGAAAAGUGAAGUUUUAAAAUAAUUAUCAAAAAUUUAAUUAGAAAAAAUAGCUUAGAGAGCUAAAAUAGAUAAUUAUAAAAAAGGUUAGGUUAUUUUAGAAGCUGGCAAGGCUUGUGAUAAAUUAAUUGUUGUUUUAGAAGGAGUAAUGACUAAUGCUAAAUAAGAUUCAGUACCUAAAGGAUUAUGUUUUGGAGAUUAAUUUUUAAUGAAAGAAAAAUAUGGAUAAAUAAUUGAAUCUCAAUAUGAAAUGGUUAGAGAUGGAGUAUUAGCUACUAUUUCAUAUCAAUCUCUCUUUAAAAUAUUUGGAGGAGAUUUAGAAACUGCAUUAAAGAAAAAUGAAAAUUCACAUGAAAAGAAAAUUAAAUAAUUAGGAGAAAGGGCAGAUGCAUCUCAUAUUUCAGUUGAAGAUUUAAUAUAUAUUAAAAAAUUAGGAGAAGGAUAAUUUGGUAUGGUCUAUUUGGUUAAGCAUAAAUCAAUUAAUAAAGUUUUUGCUCUUAAAUCUGUUAGCAAAGCUUCAAUAAUUGAAUAAAAUUUAGAAAAACAUAUAUUAUAAGAAAAAACUGUUUUGGAACAAUGUAAUUUUCCUUUUAUUAUGGGUUUCAUAAGAACAUUCAAGGAUGACAUUUCUAUCUACUUUUUAGUAGAGUAUAUCAGAGGAAUGGAAUUGUUUGAUGUAACAUUUAGAUCUAUUAUCUAAGGUAAUUAGAGACAUGGGUUUAUUAACAAAAUAUGAUACUUAAUUCUAUGUUGCUACUAUGAUAUUAGCAUUAGAAUAUCUACAUUCAAAAUCAAUAGUAUAUAGAGAUUUAAAACCAGAAAAUAUUAUGGUAAAUGAUGCAGGUUACAUGUAUUUAAUUGAUUUGGGAACUGCAAAACCAUUAAUUAAAUCAAGAGCUUACAGAACUUACACUAUUAUUGGAACUCCUCAUUAUAUGGCACCUGAGAUUAUACUAGGAAAGGGAUAUUCAUUUAAUGUAGAUUUAUGGAGCAUGGGUAUUUGUAUGUAUGAAUUUAUGUGUGGAGGAGUUCCUUAUGCAGAAGAAUAAGAUGUAUUUAUUAAUUAUAGCUUAGGAUCCUUAUGAAAUUUAUGAAGAAAUAAUGAAUACAUAAUUAAAAUUCCCUACUUUCAUUAGAGAUAGAUAAGCUAAAAAGUUUAUGGAAUAAUUACUUAGUAAAUAACCAGAAACAAGAUUAGGAUCAUCAUUUUCUGCUUUAAAAGCUAAUCCAUGGUUUGAUGAUUUUGAUUUUGAUAAAUUGUUCAGCAGAGAAUUAUAAAAAGUUCCUGUAUUUAAAUCUAUAUUAAUUAUUAUUUUAGUAUGUUCCUCCUAAAGAUAGAAUGAUCUCAGAACAUGAUAUUGAGAAGAAAUUCUAAUAGGGUAAACCAGUUGUUCAAGAAAUCAAAUAAGAACAAUCGAUGCAAAAACAAAAAUAUAAAAAGGAAUUAGCCAAAGAUCCUAAUUGGGACAAAGAUUUCUGA